AUGCCCGAAAUAGGAUCAUGUGAUGUUAAAACAUGUGAUGACAAUAUCAAAGAAUUAUAUGAAUGUCACUGUUGUUUACGUCUUGUUUGUUUAAAUCAUUUGAAUGAUCACGUUGAAUUAAAAAAACAAAAUCAACGACAAUUGGAUAAUCUUCGUAAUGAAUUAAAUACAGCAAUAAAUAAGUUGAAAAUAAUUGUUGAAGAAAAAUUAUUAAUUAUUGGACACGAACAAUACUUAAUUGAACAAGCAAAACACUUUCUUGAUGUACCCACUAGUUCAAUUGAUGAACUACAAAAUAUUCUCGGCAGAAUUAAUCAAGCAAUACCAUUCAGUCGUUCAGAAAUCACGAUGAAAGUCGAACCAACAUUAUCAGAAACUAAACAUUGUUCUUGUGUUUGCCAAUGUAAUAAUGAAAACAUGAACUCAAAUGAUGUAGCAGAAGAAUUUGGAAUCUCGAAAAAUGAUAGGUAUUCAAUGCAGAUCGAUGAUGAUGAUUCUAUGGAUGCUACUUCAUUUGAUACAACAACGAAAUCUAUUAAGGAUCAAAAUGUAAACAAAGAACAAAAGAAACGUGAACGGAGACUAUGCACAAGCAGUUAUGGUAAAUGUCCAUUAACAUUUGAUGGAGCAUUUGGUCUUACUCAAACAAAUCAUUCUAUUACACUUUGUAAACAUGAAAAAAAUCAUGAAACAGUAUUAUAUGGCCAUUUCAUCAACAAACAUAGAUUAAAAGCAGCUUGUGCUGUAAGUUUGGUAAAAGCUAUUGCUGAUAAACAAGAUCCUAGAAUAACAAAAUUAUUUGAUGGAAAUGAAACUGUAGUUAAUCUUAAGUAUAGCGUCCUAUGUCCUUGUAGAAACGGACGGAUUGAUGUACCAGGAUAUAGUCGACAAAAAGGAAAAAAUGUACGAUGUCAACGUCGUUUAGUUCCAUUCAAUGCAUUAAAAUAUCACUUACGAAAUCAUCAUUAUAUUUCUAAACAGUUGGCACAAAAAUUAGUUGAUGAUUUGAAAGAAAUUACAACAGAAAAUGAUAUCGUUUUGCCUUCACCAAAUGUAUCAAUAUGA